CCCGCCGGUGCCGCUGAGCGCGGGGGCCGGGGCCGGGGGUCCCCGGGCGCCGCCCGCGCCGCCGCGAGUUCGCGGGCAGUUGCGGGAGUUGGGGCGCCGCGGGCCAUGGAGGAGGACGGCGGCCCGGGCGCGGCCCCCUCGGCGCUGGACAAGAACGUGGCCGAGCUGACCGCCAUGGACGUGUACGACAUCGCGGCGCUGGUGGGCCACGAGUUCGAGCGGGUCAUCGACCAGCACGGCUGCGAGGCCAUCGCGCGCCUCAUGCCCAAGGUCGUGCGCGUCCUGGAGAUCCUGGAGGUGCUGGUCAGCCGCCACCACGUCGCGCCCGAGCUGGACGAGCUGCGCCUGGAGCUGGACCGCCUGCGCCUGGAGCGGAUGGACCGCAUCGAGAAGGAGCGCGAGCACCGGAAGGAGCUGGAGCUGGCGGAGGACGUGUGGCGAGGGGAGGCGCAGGACCUGCUGUCCCAGAUCGCGCAGCUGCAGCAGGAGAACAAGCAGCUGCUCACCAACCUCUCCCACAAGGACGCCGGCUUCUCCGAGGAGGAGUUCCAGAAGCAGGAAGGCAUGUCGGAGCGGGAGCGGCAGGUGAUGAAGAAGCUGAAGGAGGUGGUGGACAAGCAGCGGGACGAGAUCCGCGCCAAGGACCGGGAGCUGGGCCUGAAGAGCGAGGACGUGGAGGCCCUGCAGCAGCAGCAGACGCGGCUGAUGAAGAUCAACCACGACCUGCGGCACCGUGUGACGGUGGUGGAGGCGCAGGGCAAGGCGCUCAUCGAGCAGAAGGUGGAGCUGGAGGCCGACCUGCAGACCAGGGAGCAGGAGCUGGGCAGCCUGCGGGCCGAGCUGGGGCGGCUGCGGGAGCGGCUGCGGGGCGGCCCCAGCCAGAACGGCGAGGAGGAGCCCGAGGCGGAGCCCGCGGAGGAGAGCGUCUCCGAGGCCGAGCAGGCGGCCAUGGACCCCCAGGACCCCAACCGCCCGCGCUUCACGCUGCAGGAGCUGCGGGACGUGCUGCACGAGAGGAACGAGCUCAAGUCCAAGGUGUUCCUGCUGCAGGAGGAGCUGGCGUACUACAAGAGUGAAGAGAUGGAAGAGGAGAACCGGAUACUGCAGCCCCCGCCCGUCGUCCACCCACGAACGUCCCCCCAGCCCGAGUCCGGCAUCAAGCGACUUAAGGAAGGUCCUUUAAGUGACGGGUUUAGCUUUUUCUCCCGGGACAAGAGGCGCCUGGCCAGCAUGCCGCGCAGCCCGCACAGCCCGGAGUCCUUCGGCCAGUGGGCCAGCGCCCAGCGGGACGACGGCUACACGGAGCAAGGACAGGAGGCCCUGCAGCACCUGUGAGCCUGGGAGCCCGCCGCCUCGGACCUGCACCCGAACCCGGCGCCCCGGCUCCCGGCCUCGCACCGCCCUCGGUCCGGGCGCCCUCCGCCUGGAGCCUCAGACGGACUGUCCGCUCCGAGGACGCACGUGGAAAACAUGCCCAGCUCUCGGGACAUGCGUGCGGAUGGCCAGGCCCUCCGUGUGUGAUGCGUGACUGAUCCCUAGGUUUCUAUUUAAUGAGCGUGAGUGGAGCCAGACUUCUGCGUUAACGUCAGUAACACGAGCUUCCUUAAGCCAAAUACACCACUUCUGCUGCAAACUGCCGCGUGCCUG